GCCUGCCCGAGCGUCCCGCGCCUCCCGCCGGCCCGAUGCAGCGCACGGAGAAGGUGCUGCAGCUGCGGGGCCUGCAGGGCCGCUCGGUGCGCAUCGUGCGGGAGCACUACCUGCGCCCCGACGUGCCCUGCCGCAGCGCGCUGUGCCAGGCCGCCUGCCCCCGCGAUGGGAAAUUGUUGUCAGAUGAUGUGACUCAUUAUGUUGUCCCUGACUGGAAGAUUGUUCAAGAUUACCUUGAGAUUCUUGAGUUUCCAGAGCUGAAGGGUAUUAUCUUCAUGCAAACAGCAUGUCAAGCUGUGCAGCAUCAAAGGGGUCGCAGACAGUACAACAAAUUGCGAAAUCUAGUGAAGGAUGCCCGUCAUGACUGUAUUCUGUUUGCUAAUGAAUUCCAGCAGUAUUGUUAUUUGCCAAGAGAGAGGGGAGAAUCAAUGGAGAAAUGGCAGACCAGGAGUAUUUACAAUGCAGCAGUAUGGUAUUAUAAUCACUGCUUGGGUCAGCUGCCGGUUGUUAUGGUAACAGAAGAUGAAGAUGCUAUCAGAGAAUAUGGAGGUGAAACGGAAGGAGUGUUUGUGAUUUCAUUCAAGAAUUACUUGGAUAAUUUUUGGCCUGACUUAAAAGCUGUCCAUGAACUCUGCGAUUCUAUACUUCAAUCUCGGCGUGAACGAGAGUGUGAAAGCCAAGAAAACAAUGGGAAGGAAUACCCUGAACAUCUUCCUAUGGAAGUAUUGGAGGCUGGGAUCAAAUCUGGACGAUAUAUACAGGGUGUCGUGAAUGUCAAUAAGCACAGAGCACAAAUGGAAGCUUUUGUUCGACUUCAAGGAGCCAGUGGUAAAGAAACAGAUCUCCAAAGUGAUAUACUUAUUCAUGGUACCAAAGCUCGGAACCGUGCAAUCCAUGGUGAUGUAGUAGCUGUAGAGUUGUUACUCCAGCAUGAAUGGAAAGGAAGAACUGCUUCCCUUUGUGAGAAUGAUACUGAAGAAAAGGCACCAGGUGACACCUCCAGUGAACCUAUGCCCACAGGUAGAGUUGUUGGAAUCAUUCAGAAGAACUGGCGAGAUUAUGUGGUCACUUUUCCAUCCAAAGAAGAGAGUCAGUCUCAGGGUAAAAAUGCCCAGAAAAUCCUUGUUACACCUUGGGAUUACAGAAUUCCGAAAAUCAGGAUCAGUACACAGCAGGCUGAGGCACUACAGGACUGUAGAGUUAUUGUGCGUAUUGAUUCCUGGGAGUCAACAUCUGUGUAUCCAAAUGGACAUUUUGUACGAGUUUUAGGACGGAUAGGAGAUCUCGAAGGGGAAACUGCAGUUAUUCUAGUGGAGAACAGCAUUUCUGUUGCCCCUUUCUCAGAAGUCCAGAUGUGUGAGAUGCCUUCCAGUACCUCAGAGAACCCAUGGAAGGUGAAUCCAGAGGAGGAACCAAAACGCAUAGACUUGAGGAAUACACAUUUGGUAUUCAGCAUUGACCCCAAAGGCUGUGAAGAUGUGGAUGAUGCACUGUCCAUUAGAACAUUAGCCAAUGGGAACCUCGAGCUAGGUGUCCACAUUGCAGAUGUAACCCAUUUUGUGGCAGUAAAUUCUUACACUGACAUUGAGGCCAGAGCAAGGGCAACAACCUGUUAUUUAGCUGAUCGUCGUUAUGAUAUGCUGCCUUCCAUCCUGAGUGCUGACUUAUGCUCUCUUCUUAGCAGAGUUGAAAGGUAUGCUGUCAGUGUCAUGUGGGAGCUAGAUAAAAAUUCCUAUGAAAUCCUGAGAGUCUGGUACAACAGAACCAUCAUUCAGUCUUCAUACAAACUGGUCUACGAGGUAGCUCAGGGAUUAUUAGAUGGUGACCUAAGUGUUGUUGAUGAUAUCCUAGAACUCAAAGAACUGGAUGAGAGAACUAGACAACAGAAGCUGGAAGAACUGGUCUGGGCAAUAGGAAAACUGACUGAUAUAGCUCGACGUGUUCGGGCUAAACGUGACAGCUGUGGCGCUCUAGAGCUGGAAGGAGUAGAAAUAAGAGUGCAGCUGGAUGAUAAAAAGAACAUUCAUGAUCUCAUCCCUAAACAGCCGCUGGAGGUGCAUGAGACUGUUGCUGAAUGUAUGAUCCUUGCUAACCACUGGGUGGCAAAGAUGAUUUGGGAGAACUUUCCUCACCAUGCUUUGCUGCGCCAACACCCUCCACCACGACAAGAGUUUUUUUCUGAGCUCCGAGAAUGCGCGAGUGCCAAAGGCUUUUCCAUAGACACACGGUCUAAUAAAGCACUGGCUGAUUCUCUGAGUAAAGCAGAUGAUCCCUUAGAUCCAACUGUGAAUAAAUUACUGCGGUCCAUGGCUACUCAGGCGAUGUCUAAUGCACUGUACUUCUCGACUGGCUCGUGCCCCGAAGAAGAGUUCCAUCAUUAUGGACUUGCCCUAGAUAAAUAUACGCAUUUUACUUCUCCAAUUAGAAGAUAUGCUGAUAUUGUCGUCCACAGACUGCUAAUGGCUUCCACUUUAAAAGAUACUAAAGUAGAUGUUACGGCUAAUUUGUUCAGCAACAAAGAUCUUGAGGAAUUGUGUAGACACAUCAACAACAGAAACAGGGCUGCACAACAUGCCCAGAAACAGUCUACGGAGCUUUUCCAGUGUAUGUAUUUCAAAGACAAAGUCUCUGACACAGAUGAGCGCUGUACAGAAGAUGGUGUUAUUUACUCCAUUCGAACAAAUGGGGUACUUGUUUUUGUACCAAGGUAUGGCAUUAAAGGUGCUGCUUAUCUGAAAAACAAGGAGGGUUUGGUCAUCUCCUGUCAGUCUGAUGGCAGUUGUGUAUGGAAACCUGGUUCUCUUCAGCGUUUUCAGAACAGAAUUACUUCCACAACAGUUGCUGGAGAAUCUGUUACAUUGAGUCUGUUUGACCAUAUAACAGUAAAAAUAUCUGUGCAGAGUUCACGCUGCCAUCCUGACACCAUCAAGCUUGAAAUAAUUAGCAACAUACCUUGCAAGAAUACAGCCACAGAGCUUUACCAGAAGAAUUCCCACAUAUUGAAAGCUGACUUAGUAAAAGAAGUAACCAGAUCUGCAGAGGAAGCUCAACUUGCCCAAGAAAAAAAAAACAUUGAAGUAAUUCAGGAAGAAUAUCAGGAGUAUUGCCAAACAAAAGGAGUUAACUUGUACCAACUGCUUGAGGAAAUUAGGGACUUAGCUCUACUGGAUGUAUCAGCUGGUAACUGAGCAUGAACUAGUAUUUGGUGCUGCUCUACUUAAGCAGCUUUGCACUAUUUUAAAUCUUGUUAGGUGAUAAACCAUUUUUAAUGUGUUCUGCUUUUGCUAAUUUGAACUGUACCUCAGCUAAAAUUAACACUGAUUUUUAGAGUGAAACAGGCCUAACUGAUUUAAGAUGUUUUAUACAUGGUUAACUACUGUAUUCUCACUGAAAGACUAAAGAUUGUAUUGUGGUAAACUACUUAAGAUGUCUUCUUUU